AUGUCGGACCCGUUCGCGACCCUCGACACGGGCGCGCCGCAGUACAGCUACGGCACGGCGCCCCACCAUGGAGGCGUGAAGCAGCAGCCGAUGGGCCACUUCCAGACCGGCGCCGUCGGAGGACCCUCGGCGAUCCAGACCAGCGGCCCGGCGCGGACGCAGCCCUUUAUGACGACCCAAGCGCACUCGACCAACCCGUUCAUGGACGCUGGGCCGACGAGCGCCUUUCCGCAGCCCGCGUACAAUGCGCCACCGCAGAGCUACAACACACCGCCGCAGAGCUACAGCAUGCCAGCCAUGUACAACACGCAGCCCGCCAUGUACCAGCAACAACAGUUCGCGCCGCCAGCGUACCCGGCGCAGGCCAACCCGUUUGCCAACAACCCGUUUGGGGCACAGCCACCGCCACGUCCCUUGUCGGUCAAUCCGUCGGCGCCGCCGCUGUCGCUCAAGACGAACGACCCGACGAUCGUGGACUUUGACCCGUUUAGCCCCAAGGACUCGACGCCGCGCCUGCCGUUCGACUUUGUUUCGUCGCCGUCCGCAGCCCUCGCCCAACGAACGGCCUCGCCGCGGGUGACCCAAGAGGCUGCGCGCAAGUCGCUCGACCCAAGCGCGUUCACGCCCGUGACGCGUCGGCAUUCGGUCAAGGACAUUUUGGAGGUCGAGAAAAUGA